AUGGCUGACUUCCAGCGUGCAAGAACCGAAGGCACACCUCUUUUAGACGGACGGGCCGACGUAUUGCAAGAAUACAACAGUGUCUCCAUCACACCAUUAGAAAACGGCUCACUCGAUAAACCCCUCAAGCAUCAGGUUGGACCCUUGGAACUGAGCAAAAGGGCACGAUGGACCAUACUUUCUGGAGUAUGGUUGGCCACUUUUCUAAUCUCUGUAAACAUGACGCUCGUUGCAACAUUACUCGGUUCCAUCUCUAGCGAAUUCAAAUCAUCUCACCAAGCAGGAUGGCUCGGUACUGGAUACCUACUCGCUGUUUGCUCCUUCACUCCACUUUACGGGAGACUCUCCAACGCACUGGGCCGAAGGGGGGCUAAUCAGACCGCUCUUGUUUUUACCGCUGUUGGAAUUUUGGCUUGUGGUCUUUCCAGAAAUAUGGAAUUCUUGAUUGCAGCUCGUUUUUUUUCCGGAUUGGGCGGAGGGGGAUUGUUUACUAGUAGCUAUGUUAUAGUCGCGGAUAUGUAUAGCGUGCGGGAGCGCGGCCUCGCAAGUGGAGUAGCAGCAAUUUUCAAUGGGCUUGGUAUGGGAAUGGGCGGUCCCCUGGGAGGCUGGAUCAGCGAUGCGUUGGGAUGGAGAUGGGCAUUCUUACUUCAACUCCCCUUUUUUGCGCUGUCUUCUUUCUUGACAUCGUCUUCCCUCAACUACGUAGCCCCAGGGGAGGGACGGAAUGCAUGGGAUGCUCUUCGGCGCGUCGAUUAUGCAGGAUGCUUGUGUCUUCUCGUUGGAGUGGGAUCGUUUCUUGGCUUUCUGUCGCUUCAUUUCAAUGGCGAUACACCACUUCGUGACCCCUUGGUACUCACAUCACUCUCAGUGGCGAUCGCCUUUUCAGUCCUAUUUGUCGUCGUCGAGCUCUGCGUCGCCAAAGAACCCAUCCUUCCCCUUUGGCUUCUGAGGCAACGUAUCCCCUUGCUCGUCGGGAUUUCCAACGUCCUCGUUGCGCAAUGCAAUUUCACCAUUAUUUACUUCUUCCCGUUAUGGUUCCAGAGCGUUCAGUUGACCUCAACUUCGGAAGCUGGUGGUCAUUUGUUCCCCACUGCUGCCGCUAUGGCCCUCGGUUCGCUGUUCGCUGGCUGGAUGAUCAAGAAAACCGGGAAGUAUAAAGUUCUCAAUGUUAUUUUCGGGAUAUGUCCCACCAUUACUGCAUUCCUCAUCGCAAACCUUCAAAUGAACUCCUCCUCUUGGGCCCAAUGGUUUAAUAUAAUCCCGCUAGGAUUUGGGAACGCAGUUGUACUGCAGACAACUACAGGUAAAUCUCACAAUAUCACUCUUUCAGUUGCGCUUCUAGCAGCCGUCGAAGUUCAACAUAUUGCCGUUGCAACAGGGUUUAGUCAGUUAUUUCGUGGUGCCGGACAAGCAAUUGCCGUUGCAGCCUCUUCUGCCAUACUCCAAACUAAACUCCUUGCUGAACUUCGCGCUCGAAUCCAUGGACCUGAUGCGGAAGAGAUCGUGCAGAGGAUUCGACAUUCUGUUAGUCUCGUCGCUUCUUUACCGCCUGAACUGCAACGAUCUGCACGAGAAGCGUAUGCGACGAGUUUACGAGCGGUUUUCCGGUAUGCGGCUAUCUGCGCGUUUAUCUCGUUCUUGGUUAGGCUUGGAAUUCCUGAGAUUUCUCUCGAUCGUGAACCCAAAAAUAGCUCAGGACAGUUAUCGGACAACCCUGACGAAGAAUCGUAA